AUGUAUUGGGCUUCAAUUUUACUAUUCGUUCUUGUGCCUAUCGUUUCAUCGGUAGGCCUCUAUGACCAAUGUGGUGGUCAAGGAUAUACAGGAUCUACAGAAUGUAAUUGGCCAUUGAAAUGUUUUCGACGAAAUCAAUGGUUUUCAUCAUGUCAAACAUCAUGUCCAAGUCGUGAUUGGGAAUGUGCUUUACCUGAAAGUUAUUCUGAAACAAAUGAUGAGGAUACUGCUGUUGCACCUAAUUGGGAACAAUGUGGUGGAGAAGGAUGGAAGGGACCAACUGCUUGUGCUGACUAUCCUUGUCAACCACGUUCAGUUUGGUUUUCACAAUGUCGACCAGAUUGUCCUCGAGAAUGGUUGUGUGCAGAGAUUCCAGAUGAAGAAGUUACAGAAGAAGAAUUAGAAGAUAUACAAAUAUACGAUCCUGAAGAUAGUGUAGAAGAAGAAGAAGAAGAAGAAACUGAAGCUGAUGGAUUUCCUGAUCCAUCUGAAGUUAAUUUAGAUGAACUUCAACGAAAGGAACAAGGACUCUAUGGAGAAAUUGAUCUUGAUGAAGAUCCAUUUGCUGGUGCACCUGAAGAAGAAGAAAGUGAAGAAGAAGAAGAAGACGAAGAAGAAUCAACGAUACGAAGACAUCGACGAAACACAGUUCGAGCAACAGCAUGUAAAGCUAAUGGUAAAAGUGGAACAUGUAAACUCACAUCAGCUUGUAAAGGUACAUCUGUUGCUGGUCAUUGUCCUGGUGCAAAAAGCAAUCAAUGCUGUAUUCCUAAAACAGUCAGCAAACCAAGUACUGGUGGCAGUAAACCAAGUGCUGCUGGUAGUAAACCAAGUACCAGUGGUAGAUGUGGAACUUAUGCAAAAGCUCCUGUUAGAUCCAUUAAAGGCAAUGGCAAUAAGGGUUAUUCAGUAGUCAAAAUUAAACAAACACAUCUUGCUAGUCCAGGUUCAUAUUCACUUUCACCAUCAGCAUCCGAUAAUACAAUGACAACAUCAACUGCUUGUGCUUUUGAUAAAAUGGCUGCCGCUGCUAAAAAAUCUGGUGUAGCAAUUAAAAUUGCUUCUGGUUUUCGUACCAUCGCUCGUCAACAAUAUUUCUGGAAUUGUUAUACAUCUAAGAGAUGUAAUGGUGGUAAUUUAGCUGCUCGACCAGGUACAUCAAAUCAUGGUAAAGGUAUUGCACUUGAUUUAAAUACUAAUUGUGGCAAACAAACACGUGCAAGACCAAAUUGUGGUGGAAGUCGAGUUUAUCAAUGGUUGUAUAAAAAUGGUGCUAAAUUCGGAUUUACCCGUACAGUUUUUUCUGAACCAUGGCAUUGGGAAUUUCGUGGAGCUGGUGUUCGUCGUGCUAGUUUUUCAUAA